CUCUCUUUCUUUUUUUUUAUUUUUUAUUUUUAUUUUUUCUAAACAUGAAAAUCGCCCCUCAUAUCGCGGAGAAAUUUCCCAGAUUACUUGAAGCUGUAAAUUUUACGGUCGGAAGCCGCGAGGGAGGAUCUGUAUCAUGGGAAAAUAAUGUAUCAGAAAGUCUGAGUAUCGUCGAUGCAGAAACCGACAAGUUGACAUGGGAGUUCAAGAUAGAACACCAUCAUUGUAACCAAUUGAGUAAUCUUCAUGGUGGUUGCGUAGCUACGUUGAUCGAUAUGUGUAGCAGUGUUGCUCUUUUGGUUGCUGGUGGUAAACAAUGGCAAAUAAUCGGCAUUUCAACAGAUCUCUCGAUUUCUUAUUUACGCGGAAUUGCUGAAGGCGAAACAAUUCAUAUUGUUUGUGAAGUGCAAAGAGUUGGUAAAACUUUGGCUAGCAUCUAUACUAAAAUCUACGAUGGUCAAAAUCGUCUGUCUUACACUGGUUCUCAUACUAAGUUCAAUAUCGAUUCAAGACUUUAAUAAAUCUUCUAUUUUACUUUUUAUGGUUUGUGAUCCUGUGACCUUUUUUUUUCUAAUUUUUUCUUAAAUGUGACAACAAACAAGAGGGGAGAAAAGUCUUUGUUUGUAUUC